CUUCGGACCGCUUGACGGGAGGGGGACCGCGUCAACUCCUUUUCCUGCUAUGGCGACGGACAUCCGAGCAUCGGUGCAUUCCCCGGACUCCGACCUCGGCACCUCCGACAAGAACCCGAGCCCGAAGUCGGAUCAUCACUUGGCGACCUGGGAGAGCCUUUGCCUGGACCGCUCCGUGUCGCCCAUGGAGCGCUCCAUGACCCCCAUGUCACCCAGGUCCCAGUCUGCCUCCUCGACGUCGCCGCGGAGGGGCGGGAUGUCCUCGGACGGGGCGUCGCCCCGGCUGAGCGGCAGGGAUCUCGAGCGCUUCGACUCCAAGGGAUCCGUCAGGAGGAGAAACAGCUUGUCCUUGAACAGCGACUUCAUCAAGUCCCGGUCCAAGCUGAACAUGUCCGUCGACAGCUCACGAAGCUUCAAGGAGCGAGUGCAGCACGUUGCCCGGCGCAUCUUGAACAGCAGCUACGUUUCGAACUUCAUGGUCCUCGUGGUGCUCUUCGACGCCUACUGCACCUGCAGCGACAUCGACGCCAGAGCGCAGGGCGGCAAGGCUCCAGCGCUUGUGCUGACCUUGUCGGACGUGUGCCUCACGCUGUACACCAUCGAGCUGGUGUUGAACUUCGCGGUGCAAGGCAAGCGCAUGGCAACGGAUUGGACGCUGCUGCUGGACAUGUUCAUCGUCGCCUUUGGCUACGUGGACUUGAUCUUGAGCACCGUGCUGGAGGAAGACAUCGUUAUGCGUAUGGGCGUGCUGCGGGUCUUCCGAUUGGCGCGUAUCGUGCGGUUGAUGCGUUUGCUGCGGAAGACCCGGGCGCUGCGGGAGCUGCAGAAGCUGGUGACCAUGAUGGCCACGUGCUUGAGAGCCUUAGCCUGGUCCUUCGUCUUCUGCUUCCUCAUAAUGACGGUAUGGGCCAUGUUCAUCGUUGAGGUGGUGAAUCCCCUGGUGCAAGAUUUGAACACGGAGUCCGGAGUCUUCCAGGACUGCCCCCAGUGCCUGCGAGCCACGCAAUCGGUCAUGGAGGCGAAUCUUCUGCUCUUCAAGACCGUCAUUGCGGGGGAUGGCUGGGGCCUCAUCGCGGUGCCGGUCAUCGAGAAAUAUCCCGCCACCGCGGUGAUCUUCGUGGGAUCGCUGCUGACCCUCGUCUUCGGAGUGCUGAAUCUGAUUGUGGCCGUUGUGGUCGACACAUUCGCGGAAGCGCGCCAAAGAGAUAUCCUCAACUUGGCCGAAGAGCUGGAAUUCGACGAUGAGAAGGAUCGGAAAUUCUUGCAGGCGGUCUUUGAUCGGAUCGACCGGCGAGGCAGUGGAAAGAUCAGCUUGGAGGAGCUGGUGGAGGGCGCCCGGAGAGACCCGGAGUUCCAAAGCCGUCUCCGCGUGAUGGACAUUGACGAGAGCGACCUGCAGCAGCUGUUCCAGAUGAUCGACACGACCAGAGAAGGCUUCAUCAGCGCGCCGGAGUUCAUCGCGCCUUUGAGCCGCUGGGUGCACGACUCGAAGACGGCGCCGCGAUUCAUCAAGUACAACCUGCAGCGCACUAUGCAGCAGCAGGAGGAUUUGCAGAUCAUGUUCCAGGACUACUUCACCGCCCUGGUGACCAGGAUGGAGGACAUGGCAGAGAGAAUCGACCAGAUGAACGAUCCCCUGAUCCUAGCUGAGCCGAAUGACCCCGCCUCGCGCUCGGUUCCCCUCAGCGCCGGCAGCGACCGGCGACGCUCGCCCGGGGUGCCAGAGGAGGAGGUCCCCUCGCGGCCCUCGAAUUUCUCGACGGCCUCGGAUGUGUCCGGCAUCCUGCUGCCGGGCUUGGCCAGGCCGCAGCUUUCCUUGGAGCCGCAGGUCCCGGCGGAGGAAGGCGUCGAACAGCCCCACGCCUCCAAGAAGAUCUGCGCCAGCGAGGAGGUGGACGAAAUCACUGCGGCGAUGGACAACAUGGAGCGCUACGUGAGUAGUGCUAUGGACGCCGCACUGAGGAAAUCCAUGAAGAUGAUGGGCUCCGCGCUUCGCAAGAAUGGCGUCCCGGUAAGCCGCCCCGUUCAUCGGGAGAACAUAGGCAGACACUCGCAGGACCUGUCCUUUGUGCGGCGGAAGGUGUCGAAAGAGAGCAGCCACGGUCUUGGCAGCAGCGCCCUGGGCAGUCACGUGCUGGGCUUCCGCCACGCGCUUUCUCAGAAGGCGCGAGAGGAGCGGCGCAUUAUCGGCACUUUCAGGGCUCCUGAGGAGGAAAGGGACAAACAUGCUCGACAGGCCGAACGCAAAAGGACGGGCGAUCUUAGAGCUGCCACCAUUUCCUGACGUGAGCAUCUCGAGUGCGCACGUGGGCAUCAAUGGCAGCCUGGCGGCGCGAGGCUGUGUGCAGGAAAGGCUCUUUACGGUCUCAAAAGGGCAGGCUUCCUUUGGUGG